ACCACCACCACAUCACAUUAUCCCCGUGCCGUCCAAUCCAACGCCCUUCGUUUUAUAUACAAAGCCGCACCCGCAAAAAUGUCAACACGAACUCUCAACACCACUCUUGAUCUUCUUGGCUUCCCUCGCCGGCCGGCAGCAUGAACCAUCACCAGCAGAUUCGAUCCACGACGGCGGCGGAGCAGCAGGAGGCGUCUGCCGGAGGCGGCGGCGGCGAGGAGUACGAGGACCUGAUGCCGGUGAUGGCCGGGCGGCUGGGCGCGGAGGGCCUGCUGUCGGAGCUCCGCGCCGGGUUCCGCCUCCUCGCCGACCCGGCGAGGGGCGCCAUCACCGCGGAGAGCCUGCGGCGGAGCGCGGCGAGCGUGCUGGGCCUGGGCGGCGGCGGCGGCGAGAUGACGGUGGAGGAGGCGGCGGCCAUGGUGCGGGAGGGCGACCAGGACGGCGACGGCGCGCUGAGCGAGGCGGAGUUCUGCGUGCUGAUGGUGCGGCUCAGCCCCGGCAUCAUGGGCGACGCCGAGGGAUGGCUCGAGGAGGCCAUCGCCGACGAGCUCCUCCGCUCGCUGCCGCCGCCGCCGCCGGCCUAGACCGUCAUCUCUGCAUAUUAAUCCUGCUUGAGGUUAAUUAGUUAAUUACCGCGGUAAUCCAUCAGUGAAAUUUAUAUAUGACUGAUGAUAUUGCAGGGCAUCUCGAUGCGUAUGUAUGUAUCGUCGUUGUUUCGUGGUAAUAAUAACUGGUAGUAACACGUGACUUGUAUUUCUUGUGUCUGUUUCUCAUCGAGUCAUGAUCUUUGCAAA